AACACCGACAAAAACUUACCAGAAAUCGAUACACCAACCGACGGCCUGAGUAAAGUUUAGCCGAGCAUCAUCAUCGUCAGCGCGCUACACAGACAGGUGACACACUACACGCUCGCCGAAUCCGGUGCCGAAUUAGGAGGAUCAGGUUUUCUGCUCUUCUGCGUUAGAACCUCCAAAAUCCUCCUUUCGUUUGCCAUACACGCCAAGUGGAAGAUUCAGCCAUGGUGGUGUCUCCUCUAUAAAGUGCCCCUCCUGCCGUCGAUCUGGUUUAGUUUGAUAGCCGAACCGAUCCUAGUAGCAUCUCCGUCGUCUGUCUGGCUAGUGCGCCUCCCCCCGAUCGAUCGACCGCGUCCGUGUUUCCCAAAUUUCAAGUGAAAGUCCUUCCCUGUGAUAAAGAAAAAGUGACGAAAAUGAAAAUACUCCUAGUGGUCAGCAUGUGUGGCUUCCUGGGGAUAACGCUCGCCGCCAAAAUAAAAAUCCCGUCGAAGAAUCGUAACGAUGAUCUCUUCUCCGAAGACGAGUUCACGUUCCCGGUGGAGGACAACAAGGACCCGUCGAACUUCACCGGCGACGUAAUGAAGGCUGGCAUUCUGAUGGCUGAGGUUAGGAACCAGGGCAAGGGCAAGUUCAAAUAUGCGGUUGAAACGGCGAACGGAAUCGAGAUCGAGCAGAUCGGUAAGCUGAGGGACGACAACAAGACCUUUGUAGUGAUGGGAUCCUACACUUACACGGGCGCAAAUGGAAAGCGAUACCGCGUGCGAUACACCGCUGACGAGUUCGGUUACCAUCCAAUCACCGAACUUGACAUAGAUAUUCCAGAACCCAACGCAGCAGCACCCGCACCGAUUCAACCGUUCAAAUUCACGACAAGGGCGACGACGACGACGACAACUACGACGACUACGACCACAACUCCGGCACCUACCGAGCAUCCGGGCUACCACUAUGAACGGCCUUCGAAUGCCUAUCUGCCGGCAGCCAAUACCUAUCUGCCACCGUCCAAUGAGUACCUGCCACCAAAGAACGUCAACGAACCCCCGCAAGAGCAGCUCCCUCCACUGUUUAGUCCACAGUUCCAGGGUCAGAACGCUCUCUAAUGGAACCUCAAUCUGACAUUAUGUACAAUAGGAAUCGAAUCUAGGUAAUUAUCAAUGUGACGCCAACCGCACUCCGAGCACCUUCCAAUCCCACAGAUUAGAAACAGUAUUUUCUUUUAUAGUUUUGUUUCGAAUUUCAGUUGUCAGCUUCCUAUGCUGAUGCGCACGUGUAAAUAAUUUUAUGAUUUGUAAAAUAAGUUAUUUAUAAUUUCUAAAUAGAUGAAUACUGCUAUAA